CAAAGAUGGCCGUUGGAAGCGCGUCAUAAAUACGCACUGACGUUGUUUAUAUUUGUGCAAUUAUAACUAAUUUAAUAAUUGUAAUAUUGUGAUUCCGUGUGAGUGUGAAGUAUAAUGUAAAUUGAUUGUUUUGUGUACUAAGAGUUCGAAUAAUAUAAUGUAUUAAAAUCUACAUACGGAACGAUGUCAAACAACACUGUCGGCUCAUCCGGGCCAGCUCCCGGCAAAAUACGUGGACCUGGAAGACCUCCAAAACGUACAUGCACCUGGUGUGCUGAAAGUAAAACACCAUUAAAAUAUGUUCUGCCGACCGAGAACGGGAAAAAAGAAUUUUGUUCGGAAACGUGUUUGUCUGAAUUCAGACAGGCAUAUAGCAAAGGCGCCUGUCUUCAUUGUGAUAAUGUUAUUCGCGGUAAUGCACCUUCAAGUAGCAAGAAUUUUUGUUCUACUUAUUGUUUAAACAAGUAUCAAAAGAAAAACGAGAAGCGCACUUCAUCACCACAAUCUGGCAAUGGGGCUAAUGGAUCAGAAAAUCAUGCAAAUAAUAAUUCUACAGGUUCUUUUUAUGACAUUUACCAAGCUUUUGAUUGGAAUGAAUACAUGAAAGAUACUAAUAGUGUAGCAGCCUCUCAAGAAUGUUUUAAACAGGCACCAAUGCCCCCUGUAAAUGAUUUCAAAGUUGGAAUGAAAUUAGAAGCUCUAGACCCCCGAAAUUUGACGUCAACCUGUAUUGCGACUGUUGUUGGAGUACUUGGCCCUCGAUUAAGGCUGAGGCUUGAUGGAAGUGACAAUAAGAAUGAUUUUUGGCGUUUAGUUGAUGCAGGAGACAUUCACCCCAUUGGUCAUUGUGAAAGAAAUGAUGGCAUGUUACAGCCACCAUUAGGGUUUCGGAUGAAUGCUAGUAGUUGGCCUAUGUUUUUACUUAAAACUUUAAAUGGUGCUGAAAUGGCUCCAGCCAAAGUUUUUCAACCUGAACCUCCAACGCCUAAGUCAAACGUGUUUGUAGUUGGGCAAAAACUAGAGGCAGUAGAUAAGAAAAAUCCACAAUUAAUUUGUUGUGCCACUGUUGGUGCAGUGAAAAAUGAUCAGAUUCAUGUAACAUUUGAUGGGUGGAGAGGUGCAUUUGAUUACUGGUGUAGGUAUGAUUCAAGAGACAUAUUUCCAGUUGGUUGGUGUGCUAGGGCUGGACACCCUUUACAACCUCCUGGUCAGAAAAGUGCUACCACUCCAUCAAGAUUCAAGCUAAGGCCUAAUGGUAUGCCUAAUCCGGCUUUACCAGAAGGCGGAUCUACAGGAGCUGGGAACUCAAACACUUCAGUAACCCCUACACCAGUAGCCACAGUGUGCCUCCGAAUCCGCAGUAGUUGCACUGGUGGUAGCAGCUCUUUACCAACUUCUGUGUUAGGGACUGGUCCAUCUGGUGCUGCUGAAGCCUUGGUUAAAGAAUUGCUCAGUGUCCACCCUGACCCUCAAAGGUUGACUAGGGCAAUACUCACAGCAUCUAGUAGCUAUUCUAAUAUAAGUAAUGUUCAGGUUUCAUCAGGAAAUAAAAACUAUUCAGUGAAAGUCCCAUCAGAGCUAACAAUAGAUGAGCUUAAAAAUUGGUUAAAAGCUGUUACCAGUGGAGUUGGCAGCUGUAUUGGAAUGAUAGAGAUAGACACUGGUGAGGCUGCUGGUCGGCCUUGCACCCUUUGUGGAGAAUCUACAUCUAAUAAUAAUGUUACAUCUGGUGUGAAGAGGCCUAAUAAUGAGGAAAGUACAGCAAGCAGUGUGAAUGGGUCUGGCGAGUGCUCGAGCGGCAAGCUAGCUCGGGUGUCACCGGAGCGACCCGAGCCAGCGUCCUCGACGACAGGGGCGCCGCCUCCGCCCUCGCCCGCUGCACCACCCGCCGACUGGUCUGUCGAAGACGUCAUCGGGUUUAUUGCAGCUGCCGAUCCUGCCCUUGCCGCUCAUGCUGACUUAUUUAGAAAACAUGAAAUAGAUGGAAAAGCAUUACUGUUGCUAAAUUCAGAUAUGAUGAUGAAAUAUAUGGGUUUAAAGUUAGGUCCUGCUUUGAAAAUAUGCAAUCUUGUAUCCAAAAUAAAAAAUCGUCGUCAUUAUAGUACCUAAGCCGUACUCUAUUGUGUACUAGGUAUUCAAUAUUAUAACAAUAAUUCACUCCUAGAGUUAGAAACUAUAAGUUUCUUAGUUUUUUAUUAAUAAGCUUUUUUUGAAGUAUAACAAGACAAAUAAUAUCUUUGAUUUUCAAUGUUAGAAUCUGCUUUAUUUUUUUGAAUCUCACCAACAAAGGAUAAGGUUGUUUUUAAAUCUUAUGGUUCAUGACAAGUUUCGAUUUAUGUUCUUAUUUUGUUUGUUUUCUUAGUCAAAGUUUUGAUCGAAAGCAAUCUAUAAGUACCUUAAUACGAAUAAUUCUAACGAUUUUUAUGAAUCUAUUAUCUAUUUUGAAUGCCCACUAUAUAAGCUAAU